AUUCAAGGAUGGUGACAGGCGAUGCCGUAACUUCGCCUCCCUCCGCCACAGAUUAUUAAUGAUCAGAUCAGUCCUUGGCGACGAAGGAGGUUUGCAGUGUGAAUCCACAAUCGGCAACGGCUCCCUACAAUUGUUAAGAGAGCACUGCGAAUUGGUAGACCGUUGUCUCAGCCUGAAGCCCGCUGAUCGCCCGACAGCAAGAGAGGUCGCCAUUAUCUUGGAAUGACCUUACAAAAGAGGUCUAUUGCAAGUAUCUCCCAGAAAUAGAAACAUUUACCAUACAACAGAACCGGGAACCUCGCCAUGUAGGCGCCCCAGGCCACGCUGCGACCGUCACUGGCGUUUCAGGGGACCAGCUUCCCUAGGGACUCGACCAUGGUGGAGAUGGACGGGUGCUUUAAAGUGUAUGCCUGGGCAGGCAAUACCGAGGUCUACGCUAGGGCAAGCGCCAUACUCUCCUCCCUCACCGAACGCGCUCGGGCAAGCGCCAGACUCUCCUCCCUCGACAUCAUGUAUAACACAUUCGGCUUGCUGAGCUGUCUGCCGCGGAAGCGGACGGUCCGGCAGUACUCACUCUCCGCCACUACUCUGAGGGAGUUAAGUGAGGGUAUAUGGCAUUGGACUUGCUCUCCUUGCGAGGCUUUGUUCUCCGUGGAGGAUAAGCUUGUCUCCUUCCCCCUUGCAUCUAUCGAGGCUGCAAGUCCUUGCGGGUUAGGGCUUGAUGUUACCCUAGCCUUGAACCUAGCUUACCCCAAGAGCUUCAUCUCUAUCGACACGGUUCGGCUCCUCGGCCUUGAAGUUGUACCUAUGAGGCAUGGAUAUUCGGCCAAACGCGACCUGAUCCAGCGGCUGAGAGCGGGCAGACAACAUGAACCCUUCGAUAUCCUAGGGCAAUGUGCGAAUCCGAGCGCCCUGAAGGUCAUCAAAGGACAAUCAUCCAAGCCUUUGUUUAUGUUCGACUUCCAGCGGCUGGAACCGGACAUACGAAUUUCCGACAUGCCAGGACAAGGCCAGGAGCGGACGAGUCUCGAUGUCCUCGAUAUUCUAGGCCCGCUGACAUUUGAUCUUCGUUCCAAUUUUGAUUCUGGAAUUGUAAAAGACGGGAGAGCGAGCAGGGAUCCCGAUCAGAAGGUUGCCUUGUUGCUGUUGUGUUGCGCGUCGCGAUCAACGCAUGCUGGGUCGUGCAGCAAAUGCGAUCCGGCCGGUUACCCUCAAAGAGUUUCCGGUCUGGGAAGUCAUCAGGUUGUUUCAUUGAGAAGUAUACCUCUCCAUGGCAUAGGCCAAUGUUUGUGUAUUCCUAGGGCCCAGAACUUUCAGAGACCGGGAGAGGGCUGACUCGCUUUGGAGUAAGAUCAUGUCCAUGCUAGAUUUCAGGUGCGUCGCAAGAUGUACUUGGUUUUGGGUUGUGGCGCGGCGUUACGGGGCGGCUACUUUGUACAAUGUCUUUUAAUUCAAGGCUGG